AUGAGACAACUAGCUAUAGAUGAAAAGAAAAACCACCCCCUUGCGGCUGAAAUAGUGCUACGGGAUUUCUACGUGGACGAUCUUCUGAGUGGCGCAGACACUAUUGAAGAAGCACGACAUAUACAAAAGGAAGUAACUGACCUACUCAAAAAGGGAGGAUUCAAUAUAAGAAAGUGGAAAUAUAACGUACUGACCGAAAGCAAAUCCACCGUCACGCUGGAUGACAAAAAUGGACCAACCAAGACGCUCGGUAUAACAUGGACUCCCAGAGAAGAUAAUAUUCAGUAUCUAAUAAAACGAAACUCCGAACAUCGGUUAACAAAAAGAAAAAUCUUAUCAGAAAUCGCCACAAUCUUCGAUCCUCUUGGAUUAUUAUUUCCAGUCAUUAUAUAG